GGUUGUGCACAUUGUUCCGCCGCCUCACGAUGUUAUGAAUGAGUGAGUGAAUGAAUGAAGAUUUAACCAAAUAAGGAAUUAAGUGCAUCUUGUAAUCACACGUAUUGUCACAUACCUGAGGAACGUACUGGAACAUUGUGUUUGUGGACAAUACGGGAUAACGCAGCUCACCAGCAUCAAAUAACUUGUAAGGGAAACAAAUGGCUGGAAUUCUUUUUGAGGAUAUAUUUGACGUGAAAGACAUCGACCCAGAUGGCAAGAAGUUUGACAGAGUGUCUCGUCUACAUUGUGAAAGUGAAUCGUUUAAGAUGGACCUCAUUUUAGAUGUAAACAUUCAAAUCUACCCUGUGGAUCUCGGUGACAAGUUCAGAUUGGUCAUUGCCAGCACGUUGUACGAAGAUGGGACGCCGGAUGAUGGGGAGUACAAUCCUCAGGACGACCGGCCGUCAAGGGCAGACCAAUUUGACUAUGUGAUGUACGGGAAAGUUUAUAAGAUUGAGGGCGAUGAGACAUCAACGGAAGCAGCAACGCGCCUCUCCGCCUAUGUUUCUUACGGCGGCCUGCUCAUGAGGCUGCAGGGAGACGCCAACAACCUCCACGGCUUCGAGGUGGACUCCAGGGUGUACCUUCUCAUGAAGAAGCUGGCCUUCUAGAGCCCAGUCUAAUAACGAACAGUUUAGAGAAGGCUUUCCAAGAAUCACACAUGGAGAUGCUCACACAUUUGCGACACUUCUAAAACCUCCAUCUGCUCAUAAUCUGUAAAUAUAUAUAUAUAUUCUUUUCUUUUUUUUUUAAAUAAAAUAAUACCUUACAUUUUCAUACAUUUAGCAAGUUUCAAAAUGAUGGAGGUCCUUCAAAGAAAAAAAAAAUCACAUAAAGCUUUGAUAUUUGAAACUGCAGUUCUGAUGUCGUCUUCUUCCUUUAACAUUACAACACUAUAAACUGAAACUGACAUUUUAAAUGGUUUGAGCAUUUUAGCGUACGGGUGCCUACAUGUACAAUAGUGGGCACUAAAAGUGGACACUGGGGUCAAAAUGUAAUUAAGGGUGGAGCUGAAAGGGGCAGAGUGUUGUGUGGAAUUCCAGCACAAUGUCACAUGUGUGUAAUGGAUGUCACAGGAUGGUGAGUAACACUGCGAAGGGGCUCAGACCAACAGACUUGGCACAUUACAGGCCAAUAGCCGUAUCUAUCCUAUUAUAUAGUGCACAGCGUUUACACCUGCAAGCAGUGAGAACUGCACAGGGUACAGCAAGUGCCUUACCCACAUAGCUGGAAGCAUAUAAUUGUCCAAAAAGAAUGUACUGACAUUCAAUGUUUGCUAAGAUGUCCAGCAGAACCCCUCAGUGAUAGUGAUUUGAAUAAAACAACUCAAGACUUUGCACAAUAGUGUAGA